AACCUUGGAUCCGCGCAUGUCAUGACGGGUCGCUGUUGUCCGUUCUGGAACGUUAUAACUACUCCAAGGCAAGUUAUAAGCAGUCUACAGCCUUGAAAUGACUUUCAAGACAAUUGUUUAAAAAUACCGCCAUCAUGGACGAACCGACUUACAACCCCGCCUGCCCACUACCAACAACUACCAUCGUCUACCAGUACCGCCUGGUAAACUGUCCCGGCAAAACCAUCGUCGGCAUGCUCGUCGAAUAUCCUCCAAAUGGCGCGACUCCCCCGCACCGUCACGGGGGCGCCUCUGUCACUGCUUACGUCCUGCAUGGGUCUGUCUUGGUUAAGAUGAACGAUGAUCCCAUGAGGACCAUCGAGCAGGGCGGGUCCUGGUACGAGGCUCCAGGGUGCCAUCACCGGAUCAGUAUGAAUGCAAGUCCGACGGAGCCGGCGUCGUUUUUCGUGGCGUUUGUGGUGGACUCGGAUGCUUUGGAGAGGGAAGGGCCUUCGGUGCUUAUCCAGUAUGACGAGGAGUAUAAGGAGAUUGUUCGCAAGAAGAUGCAGACAUAGUAAUAGUGAUAAUAAUACCGGGGAUU